AGAUCAUUCUGUUUCUCAGCCAAUUAUGGUUCAGAGGCGGCCUGGUUUCCAUGGCAACAAUGAGGUUAACUCUGUAUUGUCUCCAAGAUCAGAGAGUGGAGGACUUGGGGUCAGCAUGGUAGAAUAUGUUUUGAGCUCAUCCCCUGGUGAAAAGCUUGACCCUUGUCUUCGAAAGGGAGGAUUUGGUCCCAGAGAUGCAGAGGCUGAUGAAAGUGAGAAAGUCAGUAAGAAAAACAAGACACCUUUUGAUGGAGAUAAACUUGGAGACCUAAAGGAGAUCCAGGGGGAUGGUUUAGAUAAGCAGAAUGGCUUACCUGUGCAAAAUGGAAUUGAUGCAGAUGUCAAGGAUUUUAGCCGCACACCUGGGAAUUGUCAGAACUCUAGUAAUGAAGUUGAUAUAUUGGGUACAAACCAGAAUGGAUCUGAAGUCCUGGGUCAGCUGUCUAGUACCAAUGGCACCAAACCUGUUGAGGAUUUUCCCAACAUGGAAUCUCAGAAUGUUGCUAUGGACCAUAUGGAGCAUGUUGGGAUGGAACCUUUACAAUUUGAUUAUGCUGGCAGUCAGGUGCCCAUGGACUCUGCAGCUGCUGCAGUUGGACUUUUUGACUCCAACUCACAGCAACAGUUAUUCCAAAGACCAAAUGCACUUGCUGUUCAACAGCUGACCGCAGCCCAGCAGCAACAGUAUGCACUAGCAGCGUCCCAACAACCCCACCUAGGUAUGUUUUCAGCAGGUUUAGCUCCCGCCGCAUUUGUUCCCAAUCCGUACAUCAUCAGCGCUCCACCUGGGACUGAUCCUUAUGCCGCAGGUCUUGCUGCAGCCGCAACAUUAGGUCCUGCUGUAGUCCCCCACCAGUACUACGGAGUUACUCCUUGGGGAGUUUACCCAGCCAAUCUGUUUCAGCAACAAGCUGCAGCUGCUGCAGCAGCAUCAGGCUCAGCCAACCAGCAAGGGAAUCCUCAGGCACAACAAGGCCAGCAGCAGGUUCUGCGGGCUGGGACUAGUCAACGUCCAUUGACUCCAAAUCAGAACCAGCAAGGACAACAAACAGACCCCUUAGUAGCAGCUGCAGCCGUAAAUUCUGCUCUGGCCUUUGGACAGACGCUUGCUACUGGGAUGCCAGGUUAUCCAGUCCUUGCCCCUGCUGCCUACUAUGAUCAGACUGGAACUUUGUUAGUGAAUACAGGAGCUCGCAAUGGACUUGGAGGUCCUGUUCGUCUUGUUGCACCUACCCCUGUCAUCAUUAGUAGUCCAACUGCAGCCCAAGCAGCAGUGGCAGCAGCUGCAGCAUCCGCCAGUAGUGCAGCUGGUGGCUUGGCAGGUGCAACAAGUGGAACAUUUCGCACUCUAGGAACUCAGCAGCCACAACCGCAACCUCAGCCCCAACAACAGCAGGCUAACAACUUGGCAUCUAGUUCGUUUUAUGGAAGUGGUUCUUUGAGCAAUAAUUCCCAGAGCAGCUCACUUUUCUCCCAGGGUUCCGCACAGCCAACAAACACAUCAUUAGGAUUUGGAAGCAGUAGUUCUCUUGGAGCUACAAUUGGGUCAGCACUUGGAGGCUUUGGAACAGCAGUUGCAAACUCUAACACCGGUACAGGUUCCCGUCGAGAUUCACUUACUGGCAGCACAGAUCUUUACAAGAGGACAUCUAGUAGCUUGACUCCUAUUGGACAUAGUUUUUAUAAUGGCCUUGGAUUUUCCUCCUCUCCAGGGCCUGUUGGUAUGCCUUUGCCUAGCCAAGGACACAGUCAUUCCUUAACGCCGCCUCCUUCCUUAUCUUCUCAUGGAUCAUCAUCAAGCUUAAAUCUAGGAGGACUAACAAAUGGCAGUGGUCGGUACAUCUCUGCGGCACCUGGAGCAGAAGCAAAAUUCCGCAAUACAAGUAGUGCUUCCAGUUUGUUUAGCACUAGUAGUACCCUUUUCCCAUCAUCUCGUCUGCGGUAUGGAAUGUCUGAUGUCAUGCCCUCCGGGAGAAGCAGGCUUCUGGAAGACUUCAGAAAUAACAGAUAUCCUAACCUUCAACUCCGUGAAAUUGCUGGACACAUCAUGGAGUUCUCACAAGAUCAGCAUGGAUCCAGGUUUAUCCAGUUGAAGUUAGAGCGUGCAACACCAGCUGAGCGCCAGCUUGUUUUCAGUGAAAUCCUGCAGGCAGCCUAUCAACUUAUGGUCGAUGUAUUUGGGAAUUACGUCAUUCAAAAGUUUUUUGAGUUUGGUAGUUUAGACCAGAAGUUGGCACUUGCAGAGCGUAUCCGGGGGCAUGUUCUGUCACUGGCACUACAGAUGUAUGGCUGCAGAGUAAUACAGAAAGCACUUGAGUUUAUCCCGCCAGACCAGCAGGUAAUUAGUGACAUGGUACGAGAGCUUGAUGGCCAUGUUUUGAAAUGUGUGAAAGACCAAAAUGGGAACCACGUGGUGCAAAAGUGUAUCGAAUGUGUCCAGCCGCAGUCAUUACAGUUCAUCAUUGAUGCAUUUAAAGGGCAGGUGUUUACCUUGUCAACGCAUCCAUAUGGCUGCCGAGUAAUUCAAAGAAUCUUAGAGCAUUGCCUGCCUGAACAGACACUUCCCAUCUUAGAGGAACUCCACCAACACACUGAACAGCUUGUACAGGAUCAGUAUGGGAACUAUGUUAUCCAGCAUGUAUUAGAGCAUGGGCGUCCUGAAGACAAAAGUAAAAUUGUAGCUGAAAUCCGUGGAAAUGUUCUUGUCUUAAGUCAACACAAAUUUGCAAGCAAUGUUGUUGAGAAAUGUGUUACCCAUGCAUCCCGUACAGAGCGUGCCAUGCUGAUUGAUGAAGUGUGCACUAUGAAUGAUGGUCCACACAGUGCCUUAUAUACCAUGAUGAAGGAUCAGUAUGCCAACUAUGUGGUACAGAAAAUGAUCGAUGUGGCUGAACCAGCUCAGCGCAAAAUUGUUAUGCAUAAGAUUCGGCCUCAUAUAGCUACUCUGCGCAAGUACACAUAUGGCAAACACAUCUUGGCCAAACUUGAGAAAUACUACAUGAAGAAUGGGGUUGACUUGGGGACAAUUUGUGGACCACCAAAUGGAAUAAUCUGAAACAGCUGAAUGAAAUUGUAAACUUUUGUGCCCAUCAGAGGCACUGCUCAACAGCAUCUUAAAAUAUUCCAUUAUAAAGCGGUAAAAGGAAAAAAAAAAGUUUAGGAACUGCUAAACCUUGAACACUUGUUUUUGGAAAAGCCUUUGUAAAUUAAUGUUUAAUUUUAUCAAACAUAAUGUUUACUACUUUUUUAAUUAACCGGUUGCCCUGCUGUUCUUGUAUCACUGGUGUAUAGAAUAAUUGUACAUAGAUAACACAUGUACAUCUGUGGCAACACGUUCUCUUUUGUUGACUGUUGUAUAGUGAAUGUGGAUAAGUUCAGGGUGAUUGGUUUAAAAUCAGAAUAUUUAAUUUCACCUGCUUGGCAGAGAAUAGCAAAGAACCAAAUCCCCUCUUUUCAUUUUAGAUCUGUUUGGGUUGGGGGGCUUUUAUAUUUUAGUUAACUUGCACAAACCCACAUUUAAUGUUAUUUAUGCAGUUUCAAAAUAUUGAAGCUAUUGAAAAAUAUCAAUUGUUUUAUGAUUUGCAGAAUUUCUGAAUUCAUAAUGCUAAGGAAUUUAGCUUAUGUUUUGAAAAGGAAAACAUUUUUGCACACCCCAGAAGUUUGAAAAGAGGUAGUGCAUUAUAACUGCCUGUAUAAUUUCUUACUUUAAAGUUGAAAGGCAGUAUUUAUUUAGCAUGAGGAAGUUACCUGACUCAGCUUUGGUCUUGCUUAAAUAAGUAUAUAGUGUAUACAUUUGUUGUAGACUUUGCAUAUAUAUAUAAAAAUUUGUAGUAUUUUCUGGUUUUGAUGUUAAACUGUAUCUAUAAUGUACCCUAGUAGUGGAACAUACUUUUGAUUGUACAAUUGUACAUUUGUAAACCUCUGUAAUGUAAAUGUGGAAAGUUUGAAUCAACUUUAACCCUUUUUGGUAAAGAAAAAAGAAAUAGCAAACCUGUGCAUUUCAGUGUAUAUUCACACCUUUUAUGGUCGUAGCAUAUAGUGUUGUAUAUUGUAAAUUGUAAUUUCGAUCAUAAGUAAAUUUUUUUCUCUUUUUUGAAAGAAAUGUUUUCUCUUUAUACAGCAUAGUUAAUGUGUAAAAUUGAAAAGAUUUAUUGUUUUUAUCUGUCACAUAGUCCCAACGUAUAGCCAUUGUUUACAAAUGUAAGAAAAUUCAUUUCACUUAAUUAUUUUUAACUUCAGCAUUUUUUUAGUACAGAAAUGAGCAGAAGUACAAAUCUUAGCUCACCUUACAAUCAGUCCCUAUUCACCUUGUAAAGUGUGUAUCACCCCUUUUGUACAGAAGAUAAACUGUAUUUUGCAUUUUUUGUCUACUUGUAAGUGAAUGUAACAUACUGUCAAUUUUCCUUGUUUGAAUAUAGAAUUGUAACACUACACGGUGUACAUUUACAGAGCCUUGUGUAUAUUUCCAAUGAACUUUUUUGCAAGCACACUUGUAACCAUAUGUGUAUAAUUAACAAACCUGUGUAUGCUUAUGCCUGGGCGACUAUUUUUUGUAACUCUUGUGUAGAUUGUCUCUAAAUGAUGUGUGAUCUUUAUUUUGAAAAUACAGAACUUUGAAAUCCAA